AAAUUCUUAAACUUUUUAACCCAAUUUCGGCGAUCGAGUGCGACAUCAGCAUGAUUUCCGUCGACAAGAUCCAUUUGACUUAGUGGACUUGGGAAGACUUGAACUUGGUUUCAUCAGGAUUUUAUGAACGGCAUUUGCUUGUUCACUUGAAUGUUCAGAAAUAAAAAAAUGUCAACUUGCAAUCAGUUUUCCCGAAUUGAUACUGCUGAGCUCAAAUCUCAGCUGUAUAGGAAGCUUGGGCGUCAAAGGGCGGAGAAGUACUUCUAUAACCUUAAGCGGUUACUCAACUUGAGACUCAGUAAGUUGGAGUUCGAGAAAUUGUGUUAUAGUAUCAUUGGGAAGGAAAAUCUUGCUCUCCAUAAUUUGUUCAUCAGAUCAAUCCUUAGCAAUGCUGGUCUUGCAUUUGCUCCACCUAGCAGAGUGACACUUACCGGAAAUUCACGGACAUCCAAAAUGUCUAGCUUUGGCGAAACAUUUCCUACAUCUCCUCGGAGAGGAAGAUCCAUAAACAGUAGGGACCGUAGAUUAGCUGACCGAUCUAGGCUGCUUGGGCCUUACGGGAAAAUUCCACCAGGACAUGUUCAAGAAGCCACUAACUCUAGUGAUCUACAGAAGUCAAAAGAGCAGCAAAGUGCCCGGGAAUUGAUAUCUAUUGGUAGCAAAGCACUAACUUCCGUGGAGGAUGGGGAAGAGGUUGAUCAAUUUCGAUAUAGCCCAACCGUGCAAAGUAGAAGUCCUUUGAGGCCUCCUCUUGGCAUUCCAGCAAUUGUUGGCGAUCUUCCUCGGAAAUCUUUCCGUAGUGCUUUUGAAUCAAGCUUCCGGAUUGGACAGACAAAUUAUUUUAACAAUUGUUAUCACGCUUCCGGACUACCAGAUUCCAGGGCCUUGAAGGAUAGGCUGGAGAGUAAGUUGGAGGUUGGCGGCCUUGGUUUGUCGGUUGAUUGUGCUGAUGCAUUAAAUCGUGGAAUGGAUGCAUUUCUUAAGAGGUUGAUCAAGCCUUGUAUGGACCUAGCUAGGGCUAGGUCCAGUUCACAUAGGACAAGUCAAGUGGAUGGAAGUACUUUACCUAAUAUGAAAGGUUUAUGGCGAGUGGGUCAAGUGCAAAUAUCAAAUGGAUGCAAUUGUGCUACUUCACUUGAUAUUCAAUUGGCAAUGGAAUUGAAUCCUCAAUUACUUGGAGGUGAUUGGCCAUUACAACUGGAGAAAAUGCGCUUGCAGUUUUCAGAAGAAUGAAAGUUGACCUAUGUAUUGUGACUUUGUUCUCGGUGACAGAUUCUUGAUGAUACUAUAGAAUGCAAUUCAAUGGUCCUAUGCCUCUUGAAGCUUUCUAUACUGUGAAGCAAUAAUAUGUUCUAUUGAAAGUUUAAGACAUGCAAAGUUGCCCCAAGAUUCAUGUCAGCAUAUGUCAUAAAGGAUAAAACAUUCAUUGUUCCUUCAUAGGUUUGAUCAUUCUAAAACUGUCAAUUUUCUCGUGUUAGAUCUUACAUUGUAAACAAUCCAAUUUGAGAGCCGAUCAAAAGAAAUUGUAAGUUCAUAGUCAUUUCUGAGUAUGAGUUGUACCAGUAAAUGAUAUACUAGUUUCGACCUCUUGUGUCAUUUUUGAGACUAUAUUUGGGCUUUCUAGUUUAACUUUUAUGAGGUUAGGCAAUUCACCACUCAUAUCAUUUGAUGAACAAUAGUUUAACAUUAUUGAUUAUCAUACCUUGAUUAAAUUCUGAUAGCGUUUUGUGGCAGAGCCAUCUAUUGUCAAUCAAAGAGUAGCAUGGUUUAUUUCAUUGUCUAAACUUGGAUUGAUCAUAGGCUUUGAAUCAUGGAAAUUAUUACAAGAUGCCCAUGCAACUUAAUAUAGAUAGUCCUAUAACAUAAUCUUGAAUUAGAUGCAUCGAAAACCUUUUUCAGCAAUCUUUGUGUAUUAACGUAAAGGAAGACAAAUAAUAGAUAACUUAUGAGCAUGCUUACCACAUUAUAGUACUUUUAUAGUUUAUAUGCAAAUACUACAAAUUGUUUAAAAGAAUAAAGGUUAACCUGAUAAUACAUUAUAAUAUGCUUCUUAGUUCUCAUCAUGUAUAAUCUAAUGCCCGAGACAGAAAACAAUUUGAUGUUGGAAAUCCACUAUUUUCCAAGAGUGUCAUGUAUAGAUAUAUAAAUCAUUUUCAGUAGACCAAAUAAAUUGAAGAACUUCUUAUAUAAGCCAUAAUGACAUAGAGUUGCAAGCCCCAUUUGAAUUGAAUGAGAUGAUCUAAACUCCAAUAAUCUAAUGUUCAUUGUUAUGCUCAUUUCUCAUUUGCAAUGGUUGUAUUGUUAAAAUCUUUCCAUCUCAUUCUUCCUAUUUCAUUGUCAUGCCAUAUGUAAAUCUUCACUAAUCACACUAACAUGUCUUACUAAAUUGGAAGAAUCAAGAAAUAGCCUUUCACAUCCUAAUUAUGCUAAUAAAAAGUGUAAAUUAUUGAUGAAUAAUGCCCAAUGUCAGCACAUGGAUUAUGGUGUAUUUGCUAAAUUCUGCAAUUAGAGGAUAAUCUACUUCAUAGAUAUGGUUUGAAAAUAUGACCAAUGAUCAACUGAUGCAUUUGAUCCAUAAUAUUACAUGCCUUUUCAAUGUACCUCAUCAAAAAAAAUUUAAUGCUCACAUGUGCACUUGCUUUUUUAUGGAUUGUGGUUUACCGCAUUGCGCCAACCCCACCUAGUGGGAUAAGAUUUGGUUGUUGUGUGGUUUACCACAUUGCCUAGGCUUAAUAUCAUAUGCCCUGUGUAUUGCCAUAAUUUAUGAGAUCGAAGUUGACAUGAUCAUAAAAUUUUCUAAUCAAUCCUUAAUAUGAAAAUUUCAUCCUGGAAUAUAAAUAAUGUAAUCUUUGAGUACCAUGUAAAGGGUUUGUCAAACAAUAACUUGCUUAAGAUAUAAUUGAGGAAAUGAAAAUGAACAUGCACAUCCAUGUUGAAUUAGCUACUACAAGUUUUUGUUUUACCCUGUGGAAGUGAAACACCUUUUAGGUAAUAAUAAGCGUGGAAAGGAAAUAACAACAACAACAAUCAAGCCUUAUCCCACUAGGUGCGGUCGGCUAUAUGGAUCCUUUUACGCCAUUGAGCAAGUGUGGAAAGGAAAAUUAUGUCAAAAUUCUUUGGCUUGAUGAUGAAAUUGAACAUUUUCCAUAUGUGGAAUUCUUGCAGAAUCAAAAAGGAUAAACAAAUGAAAGGACUAUAAUUGAAAUGGCUCAGUUGCAAUAAGGAUGUUAAGCUUGGUUUGAGACUAGAAUAUCAUCCCUCGAAAUGUUAUUUAAGUUUCAAAGGUUUGAUAUUAGAAUAUAGCAUUUCUUUCAUCUCCAGAAAUAUGGUUCAAGUGCAUUAAAAAUCACAUGAGAGAAAUAUGUCUGAAGUUUUUGUGAUGCAGCUCUGAUGUAGGUUAAGUAUGAAAUCAUUAACUUGAUUUAUAAACCAUGAAUCUGUUCUCGACUAAUGUUUCUUCACUUUAGGUGUGUGGCUUCUUUAGAAAUUUGAAGACCUAGUCUUAGAGCAGAAAGCCACUAUGAUUUCAUCAAAGUCUGGUCCAAAGUGUUAAUGCCUACUGUGAUUUUUUACGGUUCAUAAGCGUACCAAGAACAGAAGAGGUCUUGAGUUGAGAUUGCUAAACGAGGAAAUGGAGAGCCAAAGAAGCACAUAGAGGUAUGUGCUAAU